GAAGGGAUGGGUAGCGAUGGUGAUAGUGACGCGGCUGGUGGGGGUAGCGGGAAUGGCAGAGAUUUUGAACUCUACCGCCCUCUAUGAGGCAACUCAUGGAGUUAGCGCAUGCUGGAAUGCCUCAGGUGCCCUGUACACCACCCCGAACAUCACGAGCAGGUGCAUGGAAUGUGAAAGAAUUGUUAUCAAUCAAAACGCCCUGUACAGCUUGUGUCAGAUCCGAAACACUGGACAGCUCCAAAACGAUUAUAAAAACACCAGUUCCAUUCAAGUGUAUCCUCGAAAACAAGCGAUUCAGGAAUGUGCAUUUGAUCCGUCUUGGGGUCACAUGAGAAACGAGGAUUUCUUGAGCAAAGUGCAGGAGCUGUUGCUGCACCAGGCGCUGGGUCCAAGUUGUCUACAACUUGCUGAAUACCUUUGUCUGAAAUUCUCAGGCAGCAUGCAGAUGACAAUCUUGAACAACACGGAGUGUUGCCACAUAUCAGGGCUCGCAGACUCAUGGACGAUAACGGACCCCGUCUUGUUCAAUUGCUGGUGUGGCUCCGGUUUCAGAGCUGGGAAGGAACAAUGUGACGAUGGAAACCUGGCGGUGAACGGGCUGGUGGGAGGAAAUAUCUACACUGAAGGAUGCAAUACAAAUACCUCCUCGUGCCCAACAAGCAAUAGUCCUCUAUUCGGCUACAGUCUGCGCACUAACGACGGGUGCAACGAGUUCUGUCAGGUCGAGUCAAGCUCGGGAUGGAGCUGUUACAGAGACCCAGCACCGGCGGAUGGAGGAUGGAACCCAGAUAUCUGUGUCUGCGAUUGCAACUGCAACUCUCCGUGCACUUGUCAGGAUGCAAAGCAAAAGACCCUCUGUGGAAUAAAAGGAGACGGAAGCAAGUUCAUCCCCGAGCUGCAGUCGGUUAUCACCUGUUGCUUCUGAUCCUCAUCCAUACAUGUUGCUUGCCCAUCUUUACAGUCUUUGAAAUUCACAUGUGAUCCUGCGGUUGACGCAAGAUUGUGUUAUUCACUUCUCCAUUCCACACUUUUGUAAGAUAAUAUAAACUCGUUAUUCAC